UUUCAGACAAAUAAUAAAAAAGAUGUCAAUUCUGUAUGAAGACGAAUACGUUCGACUCGGACAAUUCUCCUUGUUUGUCAAAAACUAUCAUUUUCCGACCAAAAAGACAAAGACUGUAACACUGGAGGCUAUUACCACGUUAUGGUUUGAGGAGCAAGAAACAUGUAAAAGCGUGACAACAAAGAUCUGGGGAAAAGCAUCCGCGGCGAGCAUCUAUUGGGCUCUUGACGUUAAACGAGCCCUCGGAGGACUGUCUCCCCGUUCCCCAUCAAAAUCCAAUGUGGUAAUCGAAGUUGGUGCAAAACUGCGUGUUGGCUUCUCCGUCGAGAACAUUGAUGAAUUCAUGGAUGCCAUUCGAACUCUACUCGACUACCACGUCAUCAUCGUCAACUACAUCAAUCUUCCCUAAAUCACAUCGAUUUUUGACUUUCACCUUUAUCUUUUAUCACACAUUGUGAUAAUGAUGAUUUCCCCUGCUUCGGAUCAAACGCUUUUUGAUAUGUUUCUUCCAUUUUUGUCUGUGAAUUUUGUUUUGCUCAACCCUUGCCAAUGUAUAUAAACUGUGAAAACUUUUUGUAGAAUAAACAUAUUUUAACGAUU